AUGUCUGUCGAAACAAUCGUUCUCACUGGCUCCACUGGCUUUUGCGGCUUCGCCAUCCUUCAAGAAGCACUUCAGUUUGACUACAACAUCCGCCUCGUAGUCCGCAGCGAAGCAAAAGCAGAAAUCCUUCGCAACAAUCCCUGCUUCAAGUCUUUGACCCGCAAAACACCCCUACGAUGCAGUUUUCACAUCAUCCCUGACCUCGGUGUUUCUGGCGCUCUGGAUGAAGUCACAAAGGGAGCUGAUUACAUCAUUCAUGCUGCUUCGCCAUUGCCAUUUUCGAAUCUUGCACUCACUGCUGAGCAGCAGUAUAAGGAGAUGGUGGAGCCGGCCAUCAACAACACUCUGAGGGCUUUGGAGUCUGCGGAAAAGAGUGGCAGUGUGAAGAGAGUGGUGGUCACUUCUUCGUGCGCUAUCUUUAUCUCUCCGGAACUGCUGGGUGGGCCGGUAUCUGAGCCUGUGGUUGUCACUGAGGAGACUGUCAAUGCUGACAUGGCGCCACCGUAUGCGAAUGUGUUGCAUGCAUAUGUCGCGUCAAAGACUUGUUCGUUCCUGAGAGCGAGAGAGUGGAUGGCAGAGCACAAGCGUAGCUUUGACGUCGUCAACAUCUGCCCGACGUAUGUGCAGGGACGUAAUGAGCUGGCCACUUCACCAACAGACUUGCUGUCGACAUCCAACGUCUUGUUCUUGAGAAUGGCAUUGGGAUUGGCGCCGAAGGAUUCGCCUGCUGAGAUUGCUUCGGUGGUGCAUGUGGAGGAUGUAGCUGCCAUUCAUGUUGCUGCUCUCAACAAGGAAAGAAUCCCUGCUGGAGAGUAUCUGUUUGGUCAGGAAGUGCAGUGGAAUGAUGUCAACAGGAUCACCGAGGAGUUGUUCCCCGAGCAGGUUGCGCAGGGAAUCUUGCCGUGUACAGGAGACAUUGCAACAAAGAGCGUGGUGUGCAGCAAGGAGAAGACGGAAAAGACUUUUGAUAUUGAGCUCAAGAGUGUGGAGGACAUGGUUGAGGAUUUGAUGGAGCAAUUCCUUGAGCUCUCGGGUGUGAAGAGAGAUGAUGACGAUGACGAGUAG